AUGACGACAACAACUGCGUCGUCUCGGUCUGACCCCAGAAUGAGAGAAGCCUGGGGUUACCGUUUCCAGUGGACAGACCAUCACCAGGCACCAAAUCAAUAUAAUCAUCUUAAGUACAUGUGUGAUACACUUGCAGAAGAAUGUGUUACGAUCUUGAACGAGGUACCAUUCUCCGAAUCUCGAAGUGAAGGAGAGGGCGAGGCUCCUCUUCGUCAGUCCCAGAGCAAGAGAGACCUCUACGCGCUCUUCUGCAGCCACCAUCAUAAAAACGACAAGCUCCAACAGCUCUGGGACCAGGUGAACACCAUCCCUGAAUGGGUGGACUGGGACCAAAUUGCCCGAGGCCAGGAUGUGUUCUACAGAUACGGGGAGGCGAACCUCACUGGCCUGACCUACCAAUCCCUCCUGGGAGGUACAGCAAGCAGCAGGGUGACAGAGGUUCUUGCUCGGACCGGAGGAUUUAGCAUCAAAAGCGUUUGGCGUCGACUGCUGGAGACGACUCAAUUCAUUCUAGAAUGUACGAACGACCUCGCGUCCAUCAAACCGGGCGGCGAUGGCUUCGCGAGCUGUCUUCGAGUUCGGUUCUUACACGCUACCGUCCGUCAACGCAUCCUACAAAUCGCGUCUCGUCACCCUGCCUACUACUCGGUAGAGAAGUGCGGCGUCCCGGUCAACGAUUUGGAUUGCAUCGGCACCAUCGCGGUCUUUUCCGCCACUAUCAUCUGGCAAUCGUUGCCUCGUCAGGGCAUUUUCCUCCGUCAGCAGGAGAUUCUGGACUACUUGGCCCUCUGGCGGCUCGUGGGUUACUACAUGGGCACUCCGACAGAGUUUUUUUCCACCCCCGCAAAGGCCAAGGCCAUCAUGGAAUCGCUGUAUUGCUAUGAAUACACACCAUCGGCGAUGUCCAGGUUGCAUGCCAACAAUAUUAUCUGGGCGGUGGAGAACACACCUCCUUCCUACGCGAGCCGCUCGUACCUGGAAGCCAAUGCACGCUGGCUAAACGGGGACAAGCUCGCCGACGCUCUGGAACUUGGUCGCCCAGGUAUUUACUAUCGGAUGCUUACUGCUGGUCAGUGCCUUCUGUUGAUGAUCACCUGUUACACGUGUCGGGCGAUCCCACCACUUGACAGACUCCGGAUCAAGUCCUUCCGUCGGACUGUCUGGUCAGUACUUAAGUCCCCAGACACCGGCUUGGAGAGCUUGACCAUAUUCGAAUUCAAAUACGUUCCCAAGUUCGAGACUGAUUCGAAAAAUCAGGUCGCUGGUGCUUUGGAAGACAAGAGGCCCAAGGUGUUUUGGACGGCAGAACGUAGAAUCUGUACCACGUUGGUUUUCAUGGCAGUUACCUCUCUCAUUGGGUUGUGGACAUUUGGGAAAGCGGUGUCCUGGACAUGGAGGAUGUUGUAUCCAGGCAUGGGACUGGGUUUGGGAAGUGGGUGGCCUCGUUUGCGCUUUUGGAAUCGAGCAUGGACAACUUGA